UCCAACAAAGUUGGAAUAGAAGUCUUGGUUUAUGUGUAUCACUGUGCCAUCAGUGAUACAUUUGUCCUCAAAUAUGCUCAUUUAUUAGGUAAUUUGUUAUGUAGUUAUUUAAAGUGAUUAACUUUUUGAUGAAUAAGUAAUGGUGUAAGCGAUAAUGUAGUUGACAUACACUGACUUUAAAGAGCAGGUAAAUAUGAACUUGAAAUAAGUGCAAAACAGUUGGCAUAUCGUAAUCUUUUUUAAGCAGAUGCACUUUAUGUUUACAUUAUUGUAAAUUAUCUAAGGUAACUUUCUCUUAAUACUCUUUUAAGUUGUCUUGCACAGACUUUUCAAUAAGUAAAUGUUUUUGCCAUUCAAAUCUCUUAAUCUCCCACUCUUUCAGGUGUCUACAUAUGGUGAACCCUAGUCGAUGGAUUUAUUACCUCUAAUAGAAGAAAUACAUAGCUAGAGAUCUUCAAGCAUGGGCGACUGGAGCUUUCUGGGCCGGCUUCUUGAGAACGCGCAGGAGCACUCGACGGUGAUCGGCAAGGUCUGGCUCACCGUCCUCUUCAUCUUCCGCAUCCUAGUGCUGGGUGCCGCAGCAGAGGAGGUGUGGGGCGACGAGCAGUCGGACUUCACCUGCAACACGCAGCAGCCCGGUUGCGAGAACGUCUGCUAUGACCAGGCCUUCCCCAUCUCCCACAUCCGCUUCUGGGUGCUGCAGAUCAUCUUUGUGUCCACGCCCACGCUCAUCUACCUGGGCCACGUGCUGCACAUCGUGCGCAUGGAGGAGAAGCGCAAGGAGAAGGAGGAGGAGCACCGCAAGGUCAGCGGGUUCCCCGAUGACAAGGAGCUGCCGUACCGGAACGGGGGCGGCGGUAAAAAGGUGAAGCCGCCGAUCAGAGACGAGCACGGCAAAAUCCGCAUCCGCGGGGCCUUGCUGCGUACCUACGUGUUCAACAUCAUCUUCAAGACUCUGUUUGAGGUGGGCUUCAUCUUGGGCCAGUACUUCCUGUACGGCUUCUCGCUGCGGCCGCUCUACAAGUGCUCCCGUUGGCCGUGCCCCAACACGGUGGACUGCUUUAUCUCCAGGCCCACGGAGAAGACUAUCUUCAUCAUAUUCAUGCUUGUUGUGGCUUGUGUGUCGCUUUUACUGAACCUGCUGGAGAUCUACCACCUGGGCUGGAAGAAGCUGAAGCAUGGCGUGUACCACCCCGACCACCUGCUGCGGGUCGCCGGCCAGCUGGCCACGCCAGAGGGCGUGGCCUCGCUAGGGGCCCCGGCUCUCCUCAGCUACCCCCCCACCUACAGCCACAUAGCGGCCGGCAUGGGGUCCCCCACCGACGCCGAGUUCAAGAUGGAGGAGCUCCAGCGGGAGGAGGGGGCGCGGACGCCUCCCCCGACUCCCCCGGCCGCCCACUACUACAUCAGCAGCAACAACAACCACCGUCUGGCUGCAGAGCAGAACUGGGCCAACCUGGCCACCGAGCAGCACACCCGCCAGAUGAAGGCCACCUCCCCCACCCCCACGUCCUUCUCCUCCUCAAGCAGUGAAGCGGCCCCGCCCUGCUCAACUAGCCCCACCCCCUUAAUGGCAACCCCGGGCAACGCUGCAGCCCCCGGUGAUGUGGCGACCAGCGGCGACGGAGCCGGCCUGACCCCCGAGCCGGGCCAGCGGGAGGAAGAGGAUGUCACCAUGGCGACGGUGGAGAUGCACCUGGAGGGGGUGUUCCCGGACCCCCGGCGUCUUAGCAGAGCCAGUAAGAGCAGCAGCAUCCGCGCCCGGCACGAUGACCUCGCCAUCUGA